AUGGCGCCGGGAGAACUGGACUACGAGAGUGAUCCCGAGGAGCUCGAGCGCUCCUUGGCGACGAGGAGGAGAGAAGCCAGUGAUGACGACGACGACGAUGCUGAUGGGGUUAGAAAUCGGAGGGCUGAUAUUGAUUCCGACCUAUCGGAUGAAGAGGUGGUUGGUGCCGUCAAGUAUGAUAACGACGAAAACAAGAGUGAAGAUGGAGAGGAUAGUUACGAGGAGGAAGAAGGUGAUGAGUUUAGGGAAGAUGAAGUCGAUGAUGACGACGAGAGGAGUAACAUGACCAAGGCAGCAGAAGAUGCGCCAGCUAUUAUCGAUGGAGAGGAAGAAAAGGAGAAGCAAUCUGCUGCAGUGCCCACUGGUGGAGCUUUUUAUAUGCAUGAUGACAGAUUUCAGGAACUCUCUGCCGGCCGAAGCAGGCGAAUGCGUGGUGGAAGGCAAUCGUGGGGAGACGAAAGGAAAUGGGGACAUGACAAAUUUGAAGAGAUGAAUACUCAGGAGAAACAUUAUGAUGUAGAGCUUCUGUCUUUGAAGACUUCUAGAGGCCGUGGCAGAGGCCGUGGUCGGGGUAGGGGACAAGGGCGUGGAUACACUAGAGGGAACAGUUCUAACGCAUCAUCCAACAAUGGACAGCAAAUUUUUGUUCGUAAAACUGCCGCACGAGGGGGAGGGCCCAGGAAAUAUGAGCCUCCCCUUAGCAAAGGCAAUCAAUCACAUUCCGCGCAGAGCAAACAAUCACGAAAUUCUCAUGGGUCACAAAAUUCUAAUGAAAGAAUGUCACACCUCGGUUCACGGCGUUCACCAAGUGACCCUGCUAAAACUGGGAAUGAAGGUGCUCACACCAAACAGAAUGUAGUUGCUUCAAGUCUAAGUUCUGCUUCUCCUCCAUUUUAUCCUUCAGUGUCCUCGAAUAACUUGGUACAUGGUAUACAAGUUGGUAUGGAAAGACUCAACACGAAUGAAAGUGACGCACCUUCUGGGAAGAAGUACAGGAAUACAAAAUCCGAUUUUUCACCAGUUUAUACUCCCCGGACUGAAAAUUUUCAGUCCACGGGUCAAGGUAGAGGUGCACCUGCUGCUGGGAAUGUGUUUUACCCCCAAUCUCACAGUCAAGGUGUAAGAUUUUCAUCACCAAAGCAACUCAAUGGAGAUUCAAAAGGCACUGGCCAAAGCAAUAUUAGACCUCCCGGUCAGGGUUUUGAUCAGCAGUCUGCGGACAUCAGAUCGUUGCCUUCCUCUACCCAGAAAUCUAGCUCAUCAAGAACUCGGUAUCCUCUUGGUGAAACAGAAUCUGCAUUGGGAACAGAAGUAUGGAUUGCUAAGGGAAAAGGGUCUCCCCAGCCAGGUGGAAGUGGCGCGUUGAUGUAUAGUGGAUCUCAAGUGAUGGGGCGAGCAGAAAGUUUAGCAUCUGGUGACAAUUCCAAUUUCCCGGCUUUUCUGCCUGUUAUGCAAUUCGGUGGUCAGCAUGGUGGGGUUCCGACUUUUGGAAUGGCUUUUCCAGGAAUAUUCCAGUCUGAAAAUGGUGUUGGAAAUCCGGAGAUGACAUGGAUGCCAGUUUUGACUGGUCCAGGAGGUUUAGGGGCUUCAUACAGUCCACCGUAUGCUGCUAUUGAUGGUUCUUACCAAGCACACAAGCCAGGGUUACCUUCCUCUGCAGGAUCCUCCAGCAAAGGGAAUAGUACUAAUAACCUUAAUGACCUGGAGAAACUCGGGGAGAGGCCUGAGGUUACAGAGAGUGGGGUUUCAAAACGGCAAAACAACAAUCCAAGCAAGCACCCUCGUAGGUACUCGGAGAUGAGCUUUAGCAAGUGA